AGCAAGUGAUCAGAAUGUCCAAUUCCAAACAUGUUGCAAAGAGUUAUCAGCAAUUAUCGCUUAUUCAAAGAGAGCAUGGAAAAAAACUGAUCGACGAUGUACAGAUUCAUCGCGGACAAGUUAUCCUAGAUUUGGGCUGCGGCACUGGAGAAUUGUCUGCGUAUCUUUCCGAGCUCGUAGGAGAAGAUGGAAGAGUCAUUGCCGUUGAUCCCGACAGUUAUCGAGUAGAAGUGGCGCGAGAAUCACAUAGGGAAGUCAAAAAUCUCGCAUUUCAUGAAGGAAGCUCUGCUAGCUUCCCAGGAAUGGACUCGGAGACUUACGACAUCGUCUUCUCCAACUUUGUGUUGCACUGGAUUCAGGAUAAAGAAGAAGCUUUUAAGAACGUAUUUCGGAGUCUGAAACCAGCAGGGAAAAUUGUCGUGAGUUACGGCGAUCGCUUACUUUCCAUCAUCGAUAAAAUUUAUCGAGAACUUCAAAACUCAGAAAGCAUGGAGCGUAUGCUAAGCAAACUCUAUUUCGAGAGAAGGUCAAAAAUCGAAGAGAUAUGUUCGGCUGCGGGGUUCGAAAUUGUAAAAAGUGUCGACGUCAAAAUGGAGGAUCUUGAGUUCGAAGAUGUCGAAAGCCUCUGCUCAGUUAUCUCGGCAACCAAUCAAGGCAGGUUUGUUUCAGAGCUAGCCACGAGAGAUAAGAUAUCGAGGUUUUGUGCCCAGUAUACAAGCGGGGAAAAUUCUAAACCGUUAACGUUUUUCAUGGAUGAAGAUUAUUUCUACGUGUUGAUUGCAGCCAAACCAUAGAGAAGGAGACGGCCUUUUAGAUUAUAAUUGAAAUUGCAAGUAGAAAAGGUUGUUUGAAUUUUCAGUCCAAUCUGGAAUAUGUCGUUUUUAACUUUAAUUUUGUGGUGUAAACAAAACUUAUUACCAUUUCUUUUAAGUCUGCGGAGCGCUAAGCAGAUUGCGUGUCAACAGCGAAGAAUUUUUGUCCCUGAUGGAACCGCUUUGUAUCGAUGAAGAUCGGUUCAAGCAGUAAACUUUGAUUUUGCUUUCUCUGAAAACAACUGGUGCGAUCUCGGUACUUGUAGGCAAUUGAACGAUGUCGUCUGUUUAGUUAGUUCUUACAUCAGACAAUAUUUUUGUCACAGAGUGUUGAUUUAGUAAUGUUGCGGUGUAGGUUAUGGUUGGUUGCGUAAAAUGUCAGAGUACUUUUCAGCUACUGCGCAGGCGCGUAAUGCAAGGUUGUCACGGUCAGAUGAAGUGGUAGUUUGUUUAGCAGGCUUUAUUGUGGGGUAAGGGCGUGUUAAUUAUUAUUUCCUAAGGGGGUAGGGGAGGGA